AUGAAAAUAGAUUUGAAUGGGUUGACCCAAGGUCUCUUGAAAAGCGCUUCUGACCUACUCGAUAUACCAGAAUUGUAUAAGAACAAAUACUACCUUCAGUGGUUUUCAAUACGAUUUAACACGUCGAAAUUUGAGCAAAUGUUGAUUUCGAACUAUACCUACAGAAUGCAAUUCAAUGACAGCAACAUUGAUAAUAUUACAUCAUCAAUUUAUUCUCUAUUUCAAAGCGCAUCCAACCCAUCAUACACAUUUUCCACACUGAAAGUGAUCAAACAUGCGCUAGUGAUUGAGAACAUUACUACGAGCUCAGAUCCUGUGACAAAUAUUUGUUCCUCUGCCUCUCCAGUGAUAGCAUUUGCUUGGAGUUCUUGGAAGUUGUGGUUUGUACUGAUAUGCCUUAUUGUUAUGAUCGUUCUAUUAAUAUUAUCUGUAUGGAGACCAUAUGUGGUUAUCAUUUGCACAGUGAUUGUUUUCAACAUUGCUGGUAUUCUUACGUUGGAUCAAACUGUGAACGGAUUUGCCAACAGUGGAACGUUGGUGAUUGCUCUCUUAUUUCCCAUUGUGAAACCAUUGACCCAAAAUACGUUGGUGAAAAAGUUUGCCAAACUGCUCUUUGGAUCACCAAUUCCUUUCAAGAAAAGCAAUAGACUUCUCCAACAUGUUUCAUACAUGGUACCAACAUUGCGGAUGUGUCUCGUAUUUGCCACCAUAGGAGCAUUUGUAAACAAUACUCCAGUCGUAGUGUUAGGAUUGCCAAUUGUUUUAGAAUGGGCCAAACAAAACAAGGUUUCACCCUCAAAGUUUCUGAUGGCAUUAACAUACAUUACCUCUGGGAGUGGAUUUUUGACACUAAUUGGAAAUUCGUCAAAUAUUGUUGCAAAUGGAAUCUAUACUACAUACGGAUUUUAUCCAUUGACAUUUUAUGAAUUUUUCUAUCUCGGAAGUGUGCUGUGUAUAAUAACGAUCAUUUAUUUGAUGACCUAUGGUUUAUGGAUUGUACCUGAUGAAGCCUCAAAUGAAGGAUAG